UUAAGAGAGCACGCGCGCCUGACCGCAGCGCAUGCCCAUGUCGCUAUAUUUCGUCGGUAUGACAGGUUUCGUAACCUGAAAAGUGGUCAACUUUUAAUGAUUAAUAUUUCGCUUCGCGGGACAGAGCGACACUUUUUUCAGAUAGAAAAGUUUUAUUUCACACAAAAACGCGUCGAAUAAACCUAAUUGGAUCAAAAUCGGAGAUUGUGAAUUAAAAAAUGGCCCAUAUCAAUCAAAGCCAUGGAAUAGGAGAAUCUGUAGACUUUUUAACCAAGUUUCACAAUAUCUCGAAUAAGCUAAAAAAACGAUUUCUGAGGAAGCCAAACGUUGCAGAGGCGAGUGAUCAAUUUAGCGCCUUAGCUACUGAAUGUGAGCAGAAGGAAUUGUGGCAAUAUACAGGCUUGUGUUGGUUGGCAGCUGCUAGAUGUCAAGGCACACUAGAAAAUGCCUCUUCUGAAAUAAAUCUUUUAAUAAAGGCAGGAAGGCAAUUUCUUAUAGCCGAGAAAAAAAAUGAUGACAUAGGAUGUCCCUCUAUAGGCUGUGAAAACAUACAGACAGCUGUGAGCUGUUUUGGUCAUUCUAUGGUGAGAUGCAGCAACCAACCAGGAUUUAAUACAAUCUCUGCAGGCUUAUCGAUAGAACUGGCGCUAGCAUUGGGAUCGAGUCCUGCUGGCAUUCAACAAUUGCGUAAAGCGGUUGAUAUCUUUCCUACAUCUAAAGCUAUCCAUACAUUGGUAUCUUUCUACAUAAGUCAAGGAGAUUAUGUAGCUGCGCUACAAAUCCUUAAUGAAUUCGUAGAAUUUGUAGAAGCUUGUAUUAUGGCUGGUGCCAGAGGAAACUACAAUGCUAUUCUACACAGGUGUGAAGUGACACGAGUACUUUUGCUCCUCAUUCUUCAACCGUCACCCCAGAGACUGACACCUUCUCUCGCCCAAGUUCUCGAAAAGUAUGCAUGGGCGGAAGAAAAUGUGAACAAUGGUCUCAAUAUGAGCGAGGAUGAAUUAUUAUUGCUGCAAUCGCUGGUAUUAGCGUGUCAAUCUCACGAUCAUCAAGCGGUAUUGGAACUCGAAAGCGAAUUGUAUCCUUACUUUGAUACGGAACAAAAGGAACUGUUACAUAAAUUAAUACAAGUGUCGUCGACGCGGUAAAUAUACAGCGCAGCGACAAAACAAAUAGUUUUUCCUUCAAUUUUCAUUCAACAGAGACUAUCCGUGCGAUUUUCCGUCGCGCCGUGAAUGCGCGAUUCAUCGAAAUCGAAAACCGGAGCGCAUUCCUUGAGAGAGGAGGAUUUUUUCGGCUAGUCGUUUUUUUUUACCAGAUUACGUUAUUAGUCGUCUCGAAACAGGUUUUUGUAGCUAAACGACGAUUGCUCAACUGAAAAAUGUCGACG